AAAAAUAACUGUACCAUGCCUGAGGACAUGAAGAACUUUUACCUGAUGACUAACGGCUUCCACAUGACAUGGAGUGUGAAGCUGGAUGAACACAUCAUUCCACUGGGCAGCAUGGCCAUUAACAGCAUCUCAAAACUGACUCAACUCAACCAGUCUUCCAUGUAUGCACUUCCUAAUGCACCAACUCUGGAAGACCUAGAGGAUGAUAUACAUGAAGUCAGUGAAGAGCAGCCAGAGAAGCCUCACUUUGACUCUCGCAGUGUGCUGUUUGAGCUGGAUUCAUGCAAUGGGAAUGGGAAAGUUUGCCUUGUCUACAAAAGUGGGAAACCAGCAUCAGCACAAGACACUGAAAUCUGGUUUCUAGACAGAGCAUUAUACUGGCAUUUUCUCACAGAUACCUUUACCGCCUAUUAUCGCCUGCUCAUUACUCACCUGGGCCUGCCCCAGUGGCAGUAUGCCUUCACCAGCUAUGGCAUUAGCCCACAGGCUAAGCAAUGGUUCAGCAUGUAUAAACCCAUCACCUACAACACAAACCUACUUGCGGAAGAGACUGACUGCUUUGUGAACAAGCUGGAUCCUAGCAAAGUGUUUAAGAGCAAGAACAAAAUCUUAAUCCCAAAAAAGAAGGGGCCAGUGCAGCCUGUAGGUGGCCAGAAAGGGCCCCCAGGCCCUUCCACCUCUAAAUCGUCCUCUGGCUCUGGAAACCCUGUUCGGAAAUGAGCACCCCUACCUCCAGCUCCCACUAGCCCCACAGUGGCAACUUCCUUGCACACAUGGCCCCAGGGGUGGCUUUCUCCCCAGAUUCUGUGAGUAGAACCAUAUUCCUUUUCCCAUCUGAGUGGCCAAAACCUGGACCUCUAAUUCCCACUGACAUUAGUCAGGAGUAAGUGAGUAAGUGCAUACUAAAAUCUCCCCAAGUGCCCUUCCCUCAUACUUCUCACAGUGGGUUGUACCAUCCUCUGCCUUGGGAAACAUUGGGGAAUUUUGGACCUUGCUUAAGUGGCCAAAUAAAUCUGAGAGCUUUCCCCUCAUUCUGUUGGGUUGUUGGAAAAGUCCUGACACAUUUUUGCAUAGGAAAACAGAAAAAAUGCAUCAUGACUUUUUCAACAUUCCCAAUACAUCUGACCCUCAGUCCCUUAGCAAUGAUUAGACGAUUCCCCCAAAGAAACCACUGGUUUUCACCAUGAGACAUCAGAACUGCACUGUUCAAUUAGAAGCUGCUAGUCACAUAUGGCCAUCUAAAUUAAAUUUUUUGAAAAUCUCAUUUCCCCAAUUGUAUUAACCAAUUCAAGUAGUCAUACGUGGCUCGUAGUUUCCAUGGGGGACAAUGCAGAGAUCUAGGACAUUUCUGUCAUCACAGGAAGUUCUGUUGGAUGACACUCCAUCAGGAUAUACAGACUAUUCUCAGACUAAUUACAUUUUGUUGUUAGAUAAUAUUGGUAUCUUAAUUUGGCAGAGAUUAUAAUGGUCCAUGAGAACUCAGAUGCAAUUAUAUGUUAUUUAUAUUCUUUACCACAAAUCUAUCUCGCUCUUGUACUUCGUUUUGUUUCCUUUAAAGUUUAUCUUUCUCAUCAGUGUCAUAUAAAGUUUCUUGCUUCCAGUUUCACGUUGAGGUGUGUUUGCACACUUGCCACACUUGUCUGUCUUAUUUAUCCAUAUUUAAGUACUUCUGUACAUUAUUCUAGCCAUUUUGAAACAAAAAAACAAACUUUCAAACAUUGCUUUGCAGGACUCUUCAUAAAGAACUUUGAUUAAAAAACCAGUUGACUGAG